GAGCGAGUGGCGGCAGUGAAAGGUGGUCGCGAAUACCUUACAGCUGUUGGAUUUGAAGAGAAGAUGCAACCGUUCAAAGAAGGGGAUGAGCCAGAACCUUUCCUUGUGAUUAGUGAGGAGGCAGCCCACGACACAGGUCGCCUCAUAGCGGCCUUAGAGAUGUUGCGAGAUGGCCAAAGUGUCCCAAUCAAAGUCUCAAGGGAUACUUGUAUUUUUGCGUUACGGGAGAACGAACGCAUCACUCUGCCGAGACUGCCGCCUGACUUUUAUGAUUUAACGGCGGAAGAGAUCAAGCGGGAGCAACAGAUUAGGACGGAAGAAUUGAAUCGGACCUUAAUGUUGCGUACUAAAGAAAUGCGCGAAAGAGACGAAAAACUUCGUCAGUACACUUACAAAUAUACUCUGAUUCGCAUUCGUCUCCCUGACCGAUACGUUCUUCAGGGGACUUUUGGAUGUUACGAGCCCUUGUCGGCAGUGCGUGAAUACGUUUCCAAACAUCUCGCGAACGAGGCCGCCCUGUUCUCACUUCGAAAUCCAAUGAAAGGUGGCGAGCCAUUAGGUGACGAAGCGAAGACUCUAGCUGCACUUGGACUUGCUCCUGCCGUUGUGCUUCACCUUGACUUUAAUGAGCCGAUGAAUGGUCCAAGUUUGCUGCAGGAGCAUAUCGAUGCUGCUGUUCCCCUCGCCGCUGCACACUAG